AUGUCGGACUUCGGCAUCGAUGCAGCGCAGCUCGUCGCGCUCUUCAUGGAGAGCUCGGCGUGGGGCAUGCAGUUCGUGACUAUGGUCAUCUGUGUCUACACGCUUGUGAGCACGUCGCGGACUACGAGACGGCCGCUCAACAUCCCCCUCCUCGCAUACGCGAUCGUGCUAUUUGGGUUUGGGACGCUGGACAUUGCGUUCGCGCUUCAUCGCAAUCUUCAAGCCUUUGUGUCCUACAAGGGAGUGGGUGGCCCGGAUGCUGUUUUCAAUCAGAUCUCGGACUACGUCACCGUCUUGCGGAGCGUUUGGAACUUCUUGGCCGUCCUCGUCGCGGACUCUGCUCUGAUCCAUCGUUGCUGGGUCAUCUAUGGGCGGAAGUGGAUAUUCGUCAUUCCUUCAAUUAUCAUCUGGCUUGGCGGCUUUGCGUGCGCCUGCGCAGAGACAUAUUACACGUCGACACUUGGGAAGUCCACCAACUUGGCUGGGGCAACGAAGAUCGAGCCCUUCCUCAACGCGUUCAUCGUAUGCGGUGUCACGCUGAACAUCGUAACAACCACGUUGAUCCUCUACCGCAUAAACGCGAUUCACCGCGCCUCUGCUCGCUACUUCUCGAAGAACUCGGGGGGCACGACUGUGAGCACCCGGCUGCAGUGGUCCGAGCUGAACAGGAUCCUCGUCGAGUCCGCACUCGUCUACACUCUGUCGGGCAUCGUCCUCCUCAUCGUGAACUUCGCCGGCAGCAACGCCGUAUACCCCACUUCCGACAUCAACUUACAAAUCGCUGGCAUCCAGUUCGACUUGAUCCUCAUCCGAGUAGGCCGGGGCAUCUCCACGGAGCACGUCGAGGCACAGACGAGCAUGCAGACGAUGCAUUUCAACCUCCGCGCGCUCGAUCGCUCCAAGCAGCGUCCGGGCAUGCAGAUCUCUGUAACACAGGACACGAGCCUGUCCACGGAGCUCCGCUCGUUCUCCGACAUCGAGAGCAAGAAGGGCAGCCCGCACGAGUUCGUGCAGACCGUCAGGGUCGCGGGCAUCGAUGACGACUACGUUUGA